UCCGCCCGCGGUGGGGAUGUUGUGAGGCCUGAGGGCUUGGGGCAGCAGCGGCGGCGCCAGCCCGGAGCCCGGAGCCGGGGAUGAGCGGCACCGCGGGCACGGACAGCAGCACCCACCGCGCCCGCCGCCGCCGGCAUGAGCGACAGAGACCCCGAGCACAUCGACCCGUCCUGGUGGCUGGAAGAUGAAGAUCAUUUCCUGUUACCUUUGAAGCAUAAAGUAAACAUUUACCAACAUAACCAGCAGGACAAUCCAACGGUCAAUACUCAGAAUAUGGAAACUCUGUUUAAGAAUAUGUUGGAGGACAAUCCAGUUAAUGUUCAUCAGUUUCUCUUUAAUGAAGAGUCAGCCAUAACGCAGCUGCAUGUCUUUGAUUCCAGUGAAGAGGACGGCACCUACGAUGACGAAGACGAAGAUGAUUCCAACGACGGCAGCGACCAGAGGUACCCGGAUACCUUCUGCGGCUUACGGAGAAGCUUCCUGUGUGAUCCUCCGGUGCAGUCAGCUGGGCUUAAAAACAUCUCCAAUCCAUACUAUAUAAAGGGUUCCAAUUCGUACAGAGGAUCAGCUGAGGAAGCUGAAAGAAUUGGUCAGGAGCUGGUUCAGGAAGAAGAGCAGGCUAAGAGGAAGGCCGAGAAACGGAGACUUAAGAAAAAGAGACAGAAAGAGAGACGACGGCAACAAAAAUUAGAGAAAGAAAAUAGAAGUGAGGGUAAAAUUGAAGCGAAUGUUAAUGAUAAGGAAGUGUUAUCAAAGAAAGAAAGCUGUACGGACGGGGAACAGGAUAGUGGAGAAGUGGGUGAAAGUAUUAACAAUGAUGUUGCUACCUCACCUGAGAAAGGUCCUUUGGCAUGCAAGAAACAGAGCACUAACAGUAAAAAUGGGCACAGCAUCAAAGUGGCUGCUAAACACAGCAAAGUGAAGAGGGACCGAGAGGGCGAGAGUGAGAGCACGGCUGAUAAAUCCCCGUCUCAGUCUGAGGACGAAUGGGAUAUGUCCAGUUCUUUUGUCUCAAAAGCUGCCAAUCAGAUAAAGCGCAAAAUGAAUAUCAAACCCAAAGCUGAGAGGAAGGAGGCUGAGAGGAAGAAAGCUGAAAAGAAGCUCGAGCAUCCUGUGGACUCAAAUACUUUGAAUGCCAAGAUUUUGGAAUUGGCAGUACAGGGUAACAGUAUGGCUAAUAAGGGGCGCUAUGAAGAUGCAGUGGGAUACUUUACAGAAGCGAUUAAAUAUGAUCCAAAGGAAUAUAGGCUGUUUGGAAACCGUUCCUACUGCUACGAGAGAUUGCAGCAGUACAGCCGGGCGCUGAAUGACGCCCACAUCGCACUGACCUUGAAUCCCUCCUGGCCAAAGGGCUACUUCAGGAAAGCUCGAGCACUGGCUGGAGUUAAGAGAUACGCAGAGGCCAUAGAGGCUUUUCGGGAGGUGCUGCGGAUUGACAGUUCCUGUAAAGAUGCAGAAUUUGAACUACUUCAAGUACAGACGAAACUCAUGAUGGAGCGAGGUUUUACACAGCAACAAUGUGAGGAGACUCUAAAGAUACAUGGAAGCUUUGAACAAGCACUAGAAGUAUUGUUUUCAUCAGCUCAGAAACCUCGAAAUAGCCAUAUAAACUCGAGCAUAUCCAUAGUGGACGGAGAUGAUAAGGACUUUGUACGUGUGAAAAAACACUCAAACCAGCAAAAAAACAAACCUGUGGUGUCGGUGUCAGCACAGCACCCCCGCAAACUCUUUCCGAUCUGGAUUGGAAAUGUGACCACUCGUAUCACUGAAGAAUCGUUGCGCAUGAUAUUUGAAACUGUUGGAACCAUCCACAGCAUCAGAAUGCUUCAAGAUCGCUUUUGUGCCUUCAUUAACUUCACCACCAAACAAGGAGCCGAACGUGCCAUUGCAGAGUUACAGGGUAUUGAGCUGGAGGGAACAAAGUUGGUGAUCCGGCAUCCUGACAAUAACUACAAGAACCUUGGAGCAGGGAGGGCAGGAGCGGCCCGCUAACGUCAGCCGUCAGGGACCGGCUGGCACUCCCACCCACCAUCCUGCGCUGCUCCCGGGGGAAGGUCGGUCGACGGAGGGGGCCUCCCGCUGUUCAGAGGUUCGGCCGGCGGGCAGGCAGAACCAGGUGGAUGUACCUCUCUGUGCAUGUGCAUGUGUGCGUGUGUGUGUGUGUGUGAGAGAGAGAGACGGAGACCCCCGCGUGGUGUGUGAGGUGGAUGAUGGACCCUGGGGCCAGCCGGCGUUGUUCGGAGAGAGUCGACCUCGGCUUGAUGGCAGAGACGGAGACGGCUUUUUGUCUGGAAUCAAGUCUUGAAGAGACGGGAAGACCACGUGGGGUUGGGAAUGAUGAGCUCGGAUAGACUGCUGGGGGUUUAAUGGGGAGGGUUUGUGAAGGAACAAGCAGUUUCCUGACACUUACGCACAUGCACACACACACACACACACACAAGCACGAGCACACACACGCAGACAAACGUGCACACACACACCAACCACAUUCCUUCGGAGAGCACAUCAGGGGGCCUGGACCACGGGCUGAGCAGCUCCUUCACGUGUUUCCCUAGACACAGGCCAUUCGGCCCAUUGAGUCUGUGCCAGGUGAACAUCUACAGCAUUUGCUUCUGGAGAGCACGUGCGGUCGCCCUACACCCCCCCCCCCCCCCCCCCCCCAUGGGCAGGUGUGGAGUGGGGUCCCCAGUGUCCUUCCAAGAACACCCUUGCCCCUCCCCACUGACUGCCUGAGGGGCCCUCCUGGCCCUCUGUUAGGUCAUAGCGAAGGCUUGCAACCUCUUGGCGAUAGUCCCACUUCCCUGCACUUGUCACUUGCAGUAUGUCUCCCCCACGGUCAAAUCAGGAGCCCACCUCAGGGUGGAGGCUCCCCGUGAGCACAGAUUGUAGUGACGUCGUCACCUUGGUGGGAAGUGGUGGGGCCCCUGGUCUCUGACAGCCCCUUCAAAUGCUGCUUGCCGUGACUCCGGCCCCCCUGCCUGAACUCUCCUCCCACCGCUCCUCCUGGUCUUCCCAAGGCCAUUCCUGCUGCUUUACUGACUCCCAGCAGACGGGUUCUGGGACUGUGUUGUGGGUGGAGACCGAGGGCCCCCCUGCUGGUGCCAUGUCGGAUAGGGUGCCGUGUAAUUGUUAAAACUCGGUUCCCAGAUGAUAAAUGAGCUGAUUUUACAUUUUAUAAAAUGCACAAUGUCUUUAUAUAUUAAAAAAAAUCAAGUUUUUACAACCAGAUCAAAGAUGAUUUGAACAAAAUGAGGAGCGGUAGAGACUGCAAAUAUAUAUUCGUGCAAAUCCA